AUGUUCCAUUGGGACCCUGCAUUUGCAGGUUUUACGCCCGUGGAACCACCAGCAACGCACUAUUUUGGCACAUACCCACCACUCUCUUAUCCGGUCUCUCACUCUGGCCCAUCAAAUACAUUUCACCAGGGCAUCCAAGGGGAGCGGUGCUGGGAUUCGAUCGUCCCUCAGCCUGCACGGCAACCCACGACUUACCGCCCCAUCAUGCCGCGGCCGUCGCCCGCAGGUUCACCGGAACGAACCAAGAAAAGGAAAAGAAAUCCCACGGAAAGGUCGGGCAAGAGACCAGUACAGGAAAUUUCCAUGCAGACAAGUGGAACAAUAUCCAAAGUGAAUGACACAAAUAAGGAUGCAGCAACCGAACCUUCAACUCCAGAGGAUGCUGAAAUGUCGGUUGAAACUCUCCAACGAUCCUUGAAGACACAAGCUCUCCAGUCAAUAGCUAUCUUCCGCACGCUAAUUGAGAGUUUACGCGAGUAUGACCUCGAUGUUGAAACUCUCAAUUGUUGGGAGGCAGAAAUUGGAGAUACCGACGCAAGUUAUAUUCCUGUCAAAGUAAAGGAUACUUCCAAGGUCUUUGUUUCUCUCCAGGAACUAAACUCUGUUCUCAUUACAUGCUUUGGGGCUUCAGACCCCGAACGACACGUUAUCCUUCGGGCCCAGGCCCUCAGGUUGUUGAAUUGUAUGCUGAUCUUUGCAGUUCAGUACCAUUUGCUCCACACUCCGGGAGCAUGUGUCGAGAUUGGAAAGUGGAUGGAAAGACUUUGCAGGGACAGAAGUGUCACGCAAGGGCAAUGA